UGCUACGGGAGAGAAAGGAUGAGUAAGGCCAGUGCUGAUUGGCUGAGGCUUUCCCUGCCACCAAUCAGGCGUGCUGUUGUUGCGAGGCUGGUUGUGAAGGGGGAAGCUUCUGGGAAUAGAAGUGGUGGUGUGGGCUGGUGCCGGUCCCGUUUUCAGCUUGUGCUCAUGGCGCUUAGUUUCAGGAGAGGCCGGAAGGGCCCCUUUAAACAUAUAGCUCAUGGCCUGGUCCCUGCUGCUACCAUAGCUCCUAAACCUGCAGUUCCCCGCACCCCUCCCCCUCGUAGUCCAAACCCUUCUCCAGAAAGGCCCAGAUCUGCCCUAGCAGCAGCUAUUCUAGUGACAACUUUAACUGGGCGUACAGUUGCUAUUCCUCACCCUCGUCAACGAUCAUUUUCUGAAAGUGAUACCACCUGUUUGGAGCAAGAAAGUUUUAUUGAGCCCUAUGCCACAAUCACUGAGCUCAAACUAGGGUCUAAUUGGAAGCAUGAUGAUAGUGAAAGAUCUGUGCAGUCGCUGGAAGUGUCAGGCAAUCGUUGUGAAGAUGAAGACAUGGACACAUACCUUUCUGACACAGAAAAACAGCCGGAACACAACUAUCAGAGUACAGAGAAAAAAGAGGAAAGCUUAAGCAAUGAUGCUAUUUAUGCUGUUCCCCACAAAAAUAAAAAGGGAAAGGUUCCAGUAUCUCCUAGUGUUAAUGAUGAUGAGAAUGAAAUUUCUUCCCAUGAAGCUGCUUUUCCAGUUUUAGUAGACCAGUCAAAUAUACAAGUGGAAGCAGAAGAUGAACCUCCUGUUUUGACUCUAAAGAGUUGUCCAGCACUCCUGACUCCUUGUCAGGGCUCUACGAGUGCAGAAGGGGAGGGUCUGCAAGAGAACUUCAAAACCUUGCCUCUACAGGAGCAAAAACGGACAGUUGAAAAUCCACUAAGCGAAAAGCCUCCACCAUCCCCAGAUAUAGCUGUUCGGGCAAGACAAGGAUGGAUGGAUAUAACUAAAGAAAAGUUCCAAGAACUAAAACAAGAAAAUUGGGGUCUAAUCAAUGCAAAUCAGACUAUGGCCCUACAACUUGAGGAACUGAAACAACAAAUAAAGGGAUUACAGUUAAAACUUAACAUACUGGAAAAAGAAAAUAAAAAUCUUAGGAAAGCAGCAGAGAGUUCACAUAAGGAAGAGGAAGUUGCAGAAUUGCUUUCAUUGAGACAACAAGCCCAGGAAUUGGUAGAUGAAAAUGAUGCUUUGAAAAUGACUGUCCAUCGUUUGAAUGUUGAAUUGAGUCGCUAUCAAACCAAAUUCAGGCCGUUGUCUCAAGAAGAGAAUAUAAAGAUUGGAGGUCUUCCACUGAAAGGACCACCACCACCCUGGCUGCUGGAUAUGAAAUAUUUGUCACCUCUCCUAUUGGCGUAUGAAGACAGAAUGCGAGAAAAGGAUGAUUUAAAUCUUGCACAUGAGUGUAGAUGCUGUCCUAAAGAGCUGUGGUGGCAAUGCCUAUGGAUGGGGUUAGUGUGCUGCAGGUUCCUGGAGCUGCCUGAGGACGAUAUGAAGAAGUUAAGGAUACAAGUUGAAGAAUUGGUGAAUGAGAAUGAACAACUGCACCAGCAAUUAAAUAAAAAUAGUUCUGUCACCCUAAAGGAAUGUUACACUGAAAAACUUUUGCCAUCACCAGAAAUCGUUGAUAACAGGCAGCAGCUGCAAACUCAGGCAAAGCUGGUCUUGGAAGAAAAUGGAGUGUUGAUGGAACAACUUGAGAUUCAGCAGGCAAAAGCAAAGGAGAGUUACAACCAACAUCUUCAGGAAGUUUCAAAAUUGACCAAACAGCUGAUGAUUUUGGAAGCUAAGAUACAGAGCCAGGAAGAGGAAAUAUCAGAAAAUCAGAAGCAACUGAAAUCUUUAUGUUCCACAUGUGAAGAGCUGAAAGCCAAUCUGAAUGGCAGAAUAACAGCAGAGGAGCAUGCUACUUUGGUAAAUGCAUUAAGAAGUCAGUUACAACAGGAACAGGAAAAGCAAAGUGCAGAGCUGGAGGAUCUAAUGGAAAAGCUAGCAUCGUUGCAAGCACAAAAAAAGAGCCUGCUCUUAGAGAAAAAUGACCUAGUUGCUGACAACAAGAUCUUGGAAGCUGAGCUGAAUAUGGCACAAAAGACAAAUAGGAGAUCACAGAAGAAAAUAUUUCUUCUGAAACAGCAGUUGGAAGAUGCAAUGGAAAAGGAGGUGGCAGCUCAUCAGUAUUUAGCAAAUCUUAUUAGCUUGGCAGAGAAUGUAAGUCAUGAACGUGACCAUCUUAUACAUUUGGCUAAAUGCUUGGAAAAUGAGAAGCAUGGAGUUCUCAACAAAAUAAUAGAAGGGAAUGUACGCUUAGGAAAAUUACAAGAAAAGAUUAAGGUAUACAAAAAAAAAGCUGCUGGCAGGCUUGGAGACAUCAAUCUCAAAAUGACUGAACAAGAGAAGGAAUUUUCUGGGAAGGCUGCUCGGUACCAGCGUGAAAUGAAGCACCUCCAGCAGUUGCUGCAAGACAAGCAAGAAACGCUUGAUGAAGUGUUGCAGCAGAAAAGAGAAGUGGAAGGUGAACUUGAAAUAGUGUGGGAAUCUACCUCCAAAGAGAACAGGAGAAUGAAAGAACUCUUGCAUAAAUCUCUGGAGAAGAAAACCAUGUGGAGUACAGUCAGAGUUUAUGAAUCAAAUUUAGAUGAAAUCUCUCAGAAGGAAUUAAUUUCCGGAUAUGGGUUUAGUUACUGUGAUGUGAAACCAUCACCACCCACAAAAAAUGAAAGUAAACAGGAACCUCUGUUGUAAGGACAAAAGGUGCCUCUAGAUCUUGCACAAGAAAGGACGAUCCCAAAGAAACAAAACAAUAAGUCUAUGGCUGAAUUAACUCUCCUCAACCACAAAAAAUGAUCUAUCGAAAAGGCAUUUAUAUACUCUUUGAUACUACUUUCACUCAAAUUGAUAAUAGCAUAUUCUCUCUCUAGUAACAUUUUUAGCAUAGAUUUUAGGAAUGUUAAUGUCAUUUGAUAAAAGGCCAUUGUAAAUCCAGUAAAAAUCUAGUGCAGCACUAUCACCACUAUAAAGCCAGCUGUACUUAUCAAAUUAGAAUACCAAGCUCACCAAUUAUUUUUCUUUAAUGUCCUCACAGAGCACAUAAAUCCUAAGGUUGCUAAAAAACAAGUGAAUAGGAAAAGCUCUACUAUUUGGUAAAUAAUGCUUACUUUUUCAUAUGGUUUAACUGAAAUGUUAGUUUCAUCUAAAUACAAUUCUAGUAUUCUUUGCAGUGAGGGGAGGAGUCUGUUCCAUUACUAUGAUGCAUAUUUAUUGUAAUAUUUUACAGCAAUUGUAUAUUGUAGUAAUGAAAGCUCAAAUUUGGUAUAAAGUGAAGGGUUUUAUUUCGCAAUUCAUAUAAUUAUGUUUGAUCUUUUUGCAAUAUUUUAGCUUGCUGCUUAAUUUUAUUAGCCUAACUGCACAACUGAUAACUCAUUAUGGACUGAAAUCAAUAAGGUAGAAACAAUACUUCUUAAAUGUGUAAGUCUAGAACAUAGACAAUCUCUUGCUUGUUGAGACACACUAAACAGCAAAAAUGAAAUUAGGGAAACAAAGGUCCUUUCAAAUGAACAUAAAAAAUGCAUGCAAAUAGGUGUGGAUCUGAAAAAGUUCACUUAUUUUCUAGACUGUUUUACUUCACAUUAAGGUUCUCACUUAGGAAAGCAUUGGUAUUCAAGGAAGGAGGGCAUAAACAAAGGUUUUUUUAAAAAAAGGAAAAAAUAUACAUACAGAAGAGUUUUAAUGCCAAAAUAGAUUCUGAACCACAGACUCCGUCAAGUCCAAUAAUGAUUUUACAUGGAAAGUGCUCAGAUACUACAGCGUGGGGUGGGCCAAAACAAAACAACUCUAGGCAGCAAGUCUGAAAGCCCGUCAACUGAUUCAUGGUCAUGCUGUCUGUGUAAAACUAGUAUGUAAACAUUAAUGCUUGGACUGGUGGUUAGGCCUCUAAGACCGUCUCUGCUUUGCCAGAUUUCAAAGCCUGGCAAAGGCUUGGUAUAAAGUGAAGCAAUGUCUACACUGCUAUUUUUAGUCCCAUUGUGUGAGCUCAGUAAGACGGUGAGAAUUAACCACAAGCUCAACUGCUUUCCUGAACUAGUCUACACCCUGUGCAAAAUCACUAACUUGCAGUUGACAUAUUACUAGUUCAAAUGGUUUUAUGUUUAGCAUUGCCUUUUAAAUCUUUCCCUUACAAAAACCGAAUUAUCAUGCACUCCCUCUUACCCAGACACCUAGCUACAAACUUCUUUAAAAUUUCUCAUGUUUUUGGGCUGUGACAUAAGUGACUUUACAAAAGCCUAAACCUAGUAAGAUCAAGUAAUACAACAGACAAGGAUUGAGAGAAUGAGCUAAACCUAAUAUUUUCAUUUACACUUUCAUUAAUAAAUGUAACAGCCCAACCACUCCUGUUUCUUUUAAGUCUUGAAGGUGACUAUGUUCAUUUGAGAGGGAAUAUCUACUGUAUCAAUUCAGCUGAUAUACAGAAAAUAUCAUUAUGGACUACAUACAUACAUAGUUCUGCAUUUAAUUUGUGUACAGACUCCAUUAGCAUGCUCAAACAGACAACUUAGACAUGCACAUACAAUAAUUGUGCAUACAUAUCACUCAGACACCUGCACUCACUUUUUUUUGGCAUGGCCUUAUACUUCAGAGAUUUUAAAAAUCAGGCUCUGUGUAUCAGAUUUUUAAAAAUGGGCGUCUGAAUUUCUCAUCAUAGCAUGAGUGCUCAGGCAAAGACUGGUCCUUAAGUACCCAAGUGAGAGAUUAUACUCCUUUCAGGUUUUAAUUACCUGUUUGCACCUGACUGGAUGUUUUAGGUUCUUUCUUUAGAAAUGUUGCCCCUUCUUGGUUUAAAACUAAGAGAGCUGUGAGAACUAUUUCAGUUCUGAACCCACCCUAUAAAUACACUUCUACCUACUUUCCUCUCCUUUUUCUUUGCUUUGUCUCUUUUCCUCUGUGUAGCUCUCAUUUUAGAGUUUUCAAUUUAAAAUAGGCUUCAUGUAUCUACGUAUUUUCACAAUGUAACUUUGUAGCUUAUUGAAUAUUUGCAUAAACAUGUAUAAUCAAAGGCUGUGCUCUAUGUCAAACAUUUGUAAUACAAAAUUUAAUAAAAUAAUUAUUCUUAAAAAGA